AUGAGACUUUUCACAACAGCACUAUUCGUGCUGAGUCUGGUGCACCACUCACUGGCAGCUAAGCGGAAGCUUGUGGCAACAUCUCUGGUCACUUGCAUGGCGGACUCUCAACUAGCAGCUACUGCUUUUGAUGUUUCAUUUGACCCUGAUAGCCGGGCUCUACAUUAUUCUUUGGCCAUGACAACUAAAAUUGAUGCUUACAUUGCUGCUGAAGUUGAAGUUUGGGCAUAUGGAUUCAAAAUCAUAACGAGAACGCUAGAUCUGUGCUCACUAAGCUGGAAACAGUUUUGCCCUCUUCAACCAGGAAAUGUGCAGAUCGAAUCUAUCGAGUACAUAUCCCCAGAUUUGGUGAGUCAACUUCCUGGUAUAGCUUACCAGGUGCCAGACAUUGACGCUUUUGUCCGCGUGAACAUUUAUAAACGUGAUGACUCGACUCAGACGCUAGCUUGUAUUCAGGCCUUCUUCUCAAAUGGUAAGACGGUCGCACAAACCGGAGUCAAGUGGGCUACCGCAGUUGUCGCCGGUAUUGGCCUUCUAUGCUCUGCGAUUCUUUCAACCUUCGGAAAUUCUAACGCUGCCUCGCACAUCUCGGCAAACACAAUGUCACUGUUCCUGUACUUUCAAUCCGUUGCUGUUGUAUCCAUGCAACACGUCCACCGAGUGCCACCGAUUGCUGCAGCUUGGUCUGGAAACUUAAUUUGGUCCAUGGGUCUUAUCCACAUUUCCUUUAUGCAAAAGAUUUUUAGGUGGUUUGUCCAAUCGACCGGCGGUGAUCCAUCGCUUCUUUUGACUUCUACAUCUACAGCAGUAUUGGUCCAAAGAAGCGUGGAAAGAAUACAGGACACUAGCAUGUAUAAACGUGCGAGCGAUGUUCUAUAUGGAAACUCAAAUGUUAUUAUAAUGAGAGGAAUCGGAAGACUAGCAUUCCAAGCUAACAUUGAAAAUACCUCAGUUGUCUCCACUGGCUUCACUUUUUUCGUCCUUUGUGGAUACUUUCUUGCGGGGUUUAUCAUAGCAACUAAGUAUGCUAUUGAUCUUUGCAUUAGAGCCGGAUGGGUGCAAAAUACUAGAUUUUGGGACUUUAGACACAAUUGGAGAGUCAUCUUGAAAGGAACUCUGCUGCGGUACAUAUAUAUUGGGUUCACGCAAUUGACUGUACUGAGUUUCUGGGAAUUUGUUCAGCAUGAUUCUCCUGCCGUCAUCGUUAUUGCUGCUUUAUUUUUGAUUCAAGCUUUAGGGUUGAUGUCUUGGGCUGCAUACAGAACAAUUUGCUUCGCCAAACUUUCGGUGCAACAGCGCAAUAAUCCUGCGGCGCUUCUAUACGGAGAUCAAAAAAUUUUGGACAAAUAUGGCUUCUUCUACACGAUGUUCAGCGCCAAAUAUUAUUGGUGGAAUUGUGUCAUUUUGGGUUAUAUUCUUCUGAAGUCCAUUUUCAUCUCGUUCUGCCAAUCAUCAGGAAAAACACAAGCUCUCGCCAUCUUCAUCUUUGAUCUCGCGUACCUCAUCGUUUUGAUCAAAUUUCAACCAUACUUCGAUCGCCCUACAAACAUCAUGAACAUUUUGAUUACGACAGUCACCACGGUCAAUUCAUUUUUAUUUUUAUUCUUUUCUGAUCUUUUUGGCCAACCUGGCAGCGUGUCCUCGAUCAUGGGUUGGGUCUUCUUCAUCUUGAAUGCUGCUUUUUCCUUGAUCCUUUUGAUUCUUAUUCUCGUCUUCGUUGCCCUGGUAAUUUGCUCAAAGAACCCAGAUUUGAGAUUUAAGCCUGCAAAAGACGACAGAACUUCUUUCCAGAGAACAUCUGGCAGUCACGGUAAAAUCAAUAAGUCAGUUGCUGCUGAACUAAUGGCUUUAGGUAAUACCGCCAAGAAUCACGAUGAAAAUUGGGAGGAAGAACUGUAUAAUCAGCAGAAGCUCAAGAAAGAUCAAGACGGGUUAGGCUUGGAUUAUUCCGAUGAAAAGCUUGCAGGUACUCAAUCAGCUUCUGACGAAAACGAGGCUGUCAAUUUGACACUGGCUGAGAAACUCAAGCGUAAGCUUUCGUUUAAGAGAACAAAAUCUACUUCUUCUAGGGUAAAUCCUGAUAAAAAAGAAGCAAACGCAGGAGCGGACGAGUUUUUGACAUCAAUUUCUCGUGAACCCUCCAUGACCCCUCCUCCUGUUAAGAGAGAUUAUCCUGGAGUUCAUAGCAGGCAGCAAUCAGAGUCGAACAACGGUCUUAUGGGAUCGUACAAAGUAGCUGAGAAUCAAAAAUUAGAUACACAGCUAGAAGACGAUCAUCCUUUGGUGGCUGCUGGAACUUAUCACAUGCCGGACAAGGGUUUGAGUUCAGAGUUUGCAAGAGAUGAAAGCAUGGAUUCAGUAAAUGCAGCUACUCAGGCAAAUGCAACGUCCUCAACCGAUUUAUUUACACACAACAAUGGUUCCUAUUACGGAAGGUUAUGA